CUCUGUGAAAACAUUUUGCCCAAGGUGUGCAGCUGCAACGUAGCGUUUUGUUAAGGGCUUAUAUUAUAAAGUUUCUCAUUUGGUGAAUAAUAGGUGUUAUAUAAACGUGUAAUUAUAAAUAUAUUUAAAAACUUUCUCUAUUUUUCAUAGCAUUUUAUAAAUUUUUACUCGCUAGAAAUGCCAAGAGGUCGUGGAGGAAAAAGUCACAAAGGAAAAACGCGACACUUCACUAGUCCAGAAGAACUUGAAGCUCAUAAAAAAAAAACUGAAAGAGAGAAGCAGUGGCGAGAGCAAAAAGGAGAACUAAGUAGCAGUGAUAGUGAAGAUGAAGGUGCCACUGGUAAAAAUAAAGUCUCAUCAUCUGAAUCAGAAGAAAGCAGUUCAGAAAAUGAACAGACAAAAGUUAAAGGGAUAGAACAUCUGAUUGAGGUUGAGAAUCCUAACCGAGCUGUUAAGAAAAAGCCUCUUAAGAGUGAGAGUUAUGUUACAGAAGAAGCUCCUCAGCUUUCUCGGAGAGAAAGGGAAGAAAUAGAACAUCAGAAAGCUAAAGCUAACUAUAUGAAGCUACAUGCUGCAGGAAAAACUCAAGAAGCUCAGUCAGACCUUGCUAGACUUGCCUUGAUUCGGAAACAGCGAGAGGAAGCAGCAAAAAAGAGAGACGAAGCAAGGAAAGUAAAAGAAUCCACAAAGGCAGGAAAAUAAGACGUUCUGGGAAACAAAUCUUGAUUUACGGAAUAAUUUGCAUUGAAGCUGUCUGAAAAAACAACAACAUUGUUUAAUCACGUACAGUUGUAAUAUUUCUUUGAUGACAAAUACAAGGUGUACGAUGUGGUUUCAUAAACAAAAUGGUAUAUGGACUUGGAGAAGAAAAUUUAUACAUGUAUAACAACCUUUUUACGGUACCAUGUGGCAAACUACAGAAAGAUAUUUAUGUUUGAUAGCAUAGAGAUUAAAAGUGUUCUUAAUUUUUUAUUGUGAACACAUCACAUCUAUUUCUAAGUAUUUUAAGUAUCUUCCUUAUGAAAAAUUUGAAGUUAUGUCAGUAUCAUAUAAUACAUUAACAAUUCCAUUUUUGAGAAGGUGUUUAACAUUUAAAUUUAGAGGAUUCCAAGCAGUAUUUUAUAAUAUCUUAAAUGUUGAUUUUGAAUUUAAUCAUGAAAAGAUUCAUGAUAUAAUCAAAUUUUGAUGAAAGCAGAACUAUAAUUAUAGUUUAUAUAUUCUCUCUUUUUUUUAUUUAUUGUAUGGUUUUGGGCAAAUAAAAUUUAUUAAUUUUGUAAUGAUUUUUUAAAAAUAAAACAAACAAUAAAUUGAAUUGUAGAAGGAUUGUUGUAAAAUGUGCUAAAUUUUGGACUUUGAAAGAUAUGAAUUCUGUAAUUUUUGGGUUAUUUGUAUAAUUCAGAAUAUUCGUGGCAUGGUUCAUAAAAAGUCAAUUCUGCAAGUAAUGAAGUUAUGUAUCAAUGUAAACAAAAACAAAAAUCAUUGGACAAAAUAAACAGUACUACUUUAUCUGUAACUAGUUAUAUAUCAUAAUUAUUACAAUUCCUUGUUUGAUGAAAUGUUGCUCUUGGAAGAACACUUGUAAAAGGAAACUGUUUAUAGCAGUGUUUCAAAAUCUGGCAUGUAUUUUGGUCUACAUUUGAAACUGAAAUAAGGUGUAUUGAGGAUGAAUAUAGUUAUGAUUACAAUUUUUUCAAAGUGAGAAAUUGGAAUGCAUUAGUUGCUACACUCGCUAAUUUGUAGAACUUCCUGUUACAGUUGGCUCACAGUGCAAAGAAUUUAGCACUUGAGCUGUAUUUACAGUGGUAAAAAUUUAGUAUUAUGGUGAUGAAUUUGUCACUGAAAGUCUUAAAAUUUUAAAUGCAUUUUUAUAUCACAUAAGAAUUUGAGAAACAUUUUUCUUCCAUUGAAUUUGUGAGUGUCAGCAUAUGGAGCCAUGUUCUGUAGAAUGUUUUAUAAAUUUUUUUCAAGUUGUACUUUCAUUGUAUAUUUGUUGAACAAACAUUACAGUAAGUUUCUGGAAACUUGCUAUUUUAUAUUUUGAAAGAAACUAAAGAAUGUCGCCAUAUUUGAUAUAUCAAAUUAUUAUUGAGUGGUAUUUUAAGAAAAAGUGUAUGGUAUUGGUACUUGCUACUAGUAAAUUUUAUUGAGUCUCAUCUGAUAAAUGAUUUUAAAAAUAUAUAAAUAAAUAAGCAAAACUGUGUAAAACCUAGAAUUAAUAAAUAUUUCACAUUUGCAUAUUUACCUUCUUUGAAGAAGUUGUGAUGAUGGCUGUGCGUAUUUUUGUUAUCAUGCCCUACAACCUUGUAUAAAAAAAAAUGAUAGAAGUGUUUCUAAAAUAAACUUCAAAAUGCCUGUC